AUGCAGCAGCAACACCUGAUGCAGAUGAACCAGGGCAUGAUGGGUGGCUACGCCGCUUCCCCUACCCCUGUCACCACUGAUCUCAUUCAGCAGUACCUGGAUGAGAACAAGCAGCUGAUCCUGGCCAUCCUCGAUAACCAGAACAACGGCAAGGUGGACGAGUGUGCACGGAACCAAGCUAAGCUCCAGCAGAACCUCAUGUACCUUGCCGCCAUCGCCGAUAGCCAGCCUCCUCAGACGGCGUCGCUGUCUCAGUACCCGUCCAACCUGAUGAUGCAGUCCGGGCCGCGGUACAUGCCGCAGCAGUCGGCGCAGAUGAUGUCGCCGCAAUCGCUGAUGGCAGCGCGGUCGUCGAUGAUGUACGCCCAGCAGCAACAGGCCAUGUCGCCGCUCCAGCAGCAGCAGCACCAGGCAGCUGCCCACGCGCAGCUGGGGAUGUCCUCCGGCACGACCAGCGGGUUCAACAUUCUCCACGGCGAGGCCAGCAUGGGCGGCGGCGGUGGAGGCGCCGGAAACAGCAUGAUGAACGCCGGCGUCUUCUCGGACUACGGCCGCGGUGGCGCCAAGGAGGGGUCAACCUCGCUGUCGGCCGAUGCCCGUGGUGGCGCCAACUCCGGGGCGCACAGCGGCGACGGGGAGUACCUCAAGGGCACCGAGGAGGAAGGCAGCUAG